UUGCUUAAAAUGGUCUUGCAAUGACAUGUAGCCUCUGUCAUGAGAGGGGUCACAACAAAAGAGGGUGUCCAAAGAGUGAUAGACUUGGUGCUAGUUCAUCAACAGCUGCUGCAAAACCAUCAGUUUCAGGAAAGGGAAGAAGCAGACCAAAGAAAUCAAGUACUAAUGAAGAUGAACCUACUGUAAAAAGAGGAAGAGGUAGACUAAGGAAAACAACUAAUGCAUCUGCUGCUAAUGCACCUGAUACUGCAGUAAGUGCAUCUGUUGGUGUUGAAUUUCCAUCAACUUCUUCACUUGGCAGUUGGUUUACCUAUUCUGCUCCUAGUUCUGCACCUCCUGAUACAGUAGUUAAUACUUCUGCUGCUGCUGGAAUUUUAUCAACAACUGGAGGCAGGGGAAGAGGAAGAGGAAGGGGAGGAAGGUCCACAACACAUCAUUCACUUGAAAGUUGGUUUUCAUAUUUAGCUCCAAUUGCAUCUGAUAUUGUAUAUGCUGCACCUAGUUCAUCUACUGCUACUAGAGGAAGGGGACAGGGUAUUGGAAGCUCAACACCAUAUAAAAGGCCAAGACUGAUGGGAAUGAGUGUGUUUCAAGCUAAGAAUGGCUUCACAGCUAUUAAUCCUGGGCUGCCAAGUAGCAGAAUAGUAUCCACUAGAUCAUCAAUAAAGAUUACAAGAUCAGCUGUUGUUACUGGUGGUAUUGGUUUCAAACCAACAAGUGGACUGAAGUGGAAAGGAAAACAAGCAAUUACAACAAAAAGGCUUCAAGAAAUUAGAGACAAAUCAAGGAAUGCUGGUUCACAGCCAAAAGAACCAUGGAAAUUAUAGUGUUGAUAGGGCCCUAUUGUUUUUAGUUCUAUCUAGAAUGGUGUUUUUGUUGUUAUGAAGCUGCUGAAAUUUUUGAAGUGUUGUUAGAAUUAUGGAACAUUGGUAUUCAAAUGUACUAUUGUUUGUGUUGUUGAAAACAAAUGUGUUGUGUAUGAAAUAGUACUGAAAGUGUUAUGUUGGAAACUAAUGUUUUGUUAUUAGAUU